GUUUCCACUGCUCUAGUCUUCAUCAGGGUUGUGUUGUGUUUCAACAACAUUAAUUGAAGAACACUUGGCGUUUAGUGAUAGUUAUAACAGCGAUCAUGGGUUUGAAGAACAGUGGCGUUGGUCAUAGAGCAUGGAACCUGCUGCGAGUGACAUUGCUGUGGGCACGUAAAGGUGGGGUGUUGAGGCGGAGGGUAGCGAUGGAGCUGCGUCUUGUUCCAAAGUACUUGAAGCGUCUCGGGCACAGUAAUACGCCGCCCAGCCAUAUUCAUUACUUUGAGCGAGAACUCUCCUUCGACAAGACCCCCAUUUUUCAUGUCAAGAUGUACCGUCCAACCUCUAUGCGCUUCCACUUGCCUCACAUUCCUUGUAUUAACCCACAAGUUGAUUUUGAAUAUGAUUUCAACGAUGAUGAUGAUGAUGUUGAAUAUGAUACCGGGAGAAAGAGUGCCCUCACGGCUGCAGGAGAACGUGACCAAGAAUUUUAUCAUGAUUAUGAAAGACGCCUGGAGGUGAUGUCUUGUGGUGAACAGGAGGAACAACAAGAAGCAGAUGCUCAAGGGAUAGAUAAGCGAGCAGAGGAGUUCAUAGCAAAAUUCUAUCAGCAAAUGAAGCUGCAGCGCCAGAUUUCUCUUCUACAAUACAAUGAAACACCCAAUAGAGACACGACUUGUUGAGCAGUUUACCAAACUACGUUCGGAUUACUUCAUUUUUCCUUCUUUUUCUGUUGAGUUUUGAUGCCACUGUCAAUGUUAAAACAUUUUAGUAAGAGAAAUGAGACAGAGAGAGAGAGUACUUCGGGAUGCUGUAAAUGCCAAGAGCUACACUUGAGUUCUACUAUUUACAUUUUUUUUUCAUGAUUAUGCAAUAAAUGCUACAGAGCUGUCAUUCAUAGUUGAAUUUAAAAGAAUGUGACAUAGCGCCUAUGUAUAUGACAUCGAAAGAACUUUUAUAAA